UGAAACGCGUGGCUUCGCGUUCACCUCUAUUCUCAUCUAUCGCCUUCUCUCAUUUACUAUUUGCCGCCGAUAGAUCGCAACCGCGAUCCUCGUCUCGCGCCAAAAAUCACGCAUCAUCGAAGCUUCCUAUUCUUUUCACCCCUUCGCGAAUCGUGCAACCACGUCUUUCACCACCGCGCCUCUUCCGCUGGCCCUGCCUCGACGAAUGUUUCUUCCCGUUCGUGCUUGCAUCCGCAACGUUGGAUCCCUGUUUUUCCCACCGACACGAAUUCGUACGUACACGUACAACGUACCUGGACGCGUGAAUUUCGGUGACAUCGCGUCGGACCGUGGUUACAAACACCCCUUCUCUGUCGAAACCAUGUUCCGUGUCGCUAUAAUUUACCCGCUAUUCCCGCACCAACGAGGACAAGCGUUUUUAUCAUCUUUUUCUUUCAUAGUUUUAGAGGGAAUUGCAAAUACGGGAUAACUAAUCCGUGGCUGAUAUCGGAUUUCAACUUUAUAGAUGGAUUUUACAUAUCUAUCCUUUCAACCUCGAUCGAGAACAAUGUCUGUGGGUCGGAAGAAUUUCAUUUCCCAUUGCAAUUCCAUUGCUUUCACGAUCCAUUUGCCGCUUCCGAUCCAUCGACCAGUCGUCGCGAUAGAAAAUGUAUGCACCAAAGUGCCGUGCGAAUUUACAACCGUCGCUAGUAUAAUCGCAUCAACGUUGAACUCCCGUUCCGAUACGUCGGUGCAUGGACCACGAAUGAGAAGAGAAUUUCGUUCCCAGUCGAAACGCUAACACGAUAAUGGAGCCGUGAAAAAAAGUUUCACGGAGUACUGUCUGUGCAACGCGCGAAACACGCAGAAUGGAGUAACGCGAGGAGAAAACGAUGCCCGUUCGAAGCAGAGCUCACGAUUUCGUCGAGCGAUAAGCGGCGAAUUCAUGGAUGAACGCACGAUGGAUACAUGAAUCGAAGCCAUCAUGAGCGCGCUUCGAUUGAUCCUCCUGUUGCUGGCAUCAUCGCGUUACCUCGUUCAUCCGACUGAUGCCGGGGUUCGCGACGAGAAGACGAGCAACGAGGGUGGCCGGAAUCAGAAUAAUGUCCUUCCUUCGGUAGCUGCAUCUGUCAAGGAUGUCCUGGCGCAGACCGGCGGUAACGCUAACCUACCCUGUAGAUUCACUGGUCCCGGAAUAGUAACUUGGAUCCGAAGAAAGGAUAGACAACUAUUGACGGUGGGCAGAAGGACCCACGCCGUCGAUCCGCGAUUCAUGGUCUCCAACAGUCCAGAUUGGAAUCUACUGAUAAAGAAUGUGAAACGCGACGAUGCUGGCCUCUACGAAUGUCAGAUUCAAACGGAACCGGUUCAGCAACGAUUCGUUCGGCUGAGCAUCACGGAAGCGUACUCGACGAUUCCUGGAGGACCGGAUCUUCACGUGAAACAGGGAUCCAGCCUUCGAUUAGAGUGCCAAUUAAUGGCGUCCACGGAAACGCCGAGCUUCAUCUUCUGGUACCGCGAGGGUAGGAUGAUCAAUUACGACGACGAACCGGGGGUCAGGGUCGAGGCAACGAAAAAUGGUUCCAUAUUGGUGGUCGACAAGGUGAAACUCUCCCACGGUGCCAAUUACACUUGUUCGCCGAGCAACGCUCGACCGGCGUACAUCAUGAUCCACGUGAUCGAAGAGGAGGAAAAACCAGCUGCCAUGCACGGCGGUGAUCGACGAAAUGGUACAUCGAGACCGACCAUCAACGUCGUGUUGAUUUUUCUGACUUUCCUCGGUGUACAGAACUUCAAUCGAGGCUGCGCCACGUGACCAGCCUACCCCGUCAAUUUCCUCGAAUUAUUAACAUUUUCCUCUAUUUUCUCGUGCCACCUUCGGAUACUCGUUCACGUUACCAGCCUACGUUUUUCUUCCCUGAAUCUCGUUCCUUUUUAAAAGUUAGUAUUGUAGACUGAAAUCUUGCUAGAUAGUAGAAAUCCGAGUAGAAGUCUUAGCCUUAGGAUACGAGAGCGUUUUCGAACACAUCUGAUCGAAGAUACUUUCUUUCUUGUUUACCAUCGAAACGCGAGAAAACUCGCUACUUUGAUCCAGAAUUUAUCCUGGUUCGAAGAAAGAUAAAUUCGUUGUACAGUUUUGAAACGGUUUAGGAAUGCGUGCCGUAAAUUGAGAGGCUCUUUUCCGUUUCCUUCCAUCAAACAGUGUAUUGUGAAAUACAGGGAAGAAUAUGAAGCCGAAUGGUAUUAAACUGGAACACACAUUCCUUUCAAAUUGUACAAAAGCAUGAAUGCCUUUCGCAGACUCUUAUUGCGAUCCAAAUAUCAAGACACCUCUUAAUUUGUUCUCUUUUUUUAACCGAGCAGAAGAAAGGCUUCGAGGAAGAUCUCUUAGGAAUUUCGUCGCCAUUUGCAUUUGAUGAAAAACUUUUAAUUAUAUGCACUUUUGUCCGUGCAUGCGUAGAUGUACCAGCGGAAAUUUCUUGAAGGAGCGAAAGAAAAGCGGGUAUUCAACGUUCGCAUAAAGAGGAAUCAAAGUAAUGCCACGAGACGUCGGGUAAAAAGGUGCACAUUCGCGCGGUGAAAAACCGAUGCGGAGCGGGGAGAAAGCAGCGGCGAAGAAUUGAAAGACAUUCGGAAAUUCAGGUGAAUAUAAUUCGUUAAAAGGAUCGCGACGCGUCGCUUUAAGCUCUUUGCCGUUUAACCGAAACCACAAACGAACUUAAAACCGCGGUGGCACACGUGUUUUUAUACCGCAGGCUGCCUUGCAAAUUAACGACAUUUUUAACGAAUGAAAAGUCGCGUUCACCCUUUCACGCGUCUUACAUACCUCGAAUACCAGUUUCUGCUUCUUGAAAUUUCUUUCGGUACCGUUUCUCGUUGCCGCAAGCAACUGUAUCUACGUGUAAAAUUGUUACGAUCGUAGUUCCAAGUGUAACUUUCUUGUCAAGAAAAUAAUCAAGCUGAAACGAAGGUGCGCUCGAUAAGAUUUUAAAAUACGAAUUAGCUCUUGUUAAGAGAAGAGCGUGUCUGUAAACAAUUACAAAGUACAAUCGCUGUUCUUCGUGUAUUCUGUAAAAUGAAGAGAAAACGAGACGGUUUAACCCUUUCGUUACGAACGAUGUAUUUCAAAUAAUUCAUUGUAAAAAGUAGAUGUAUCUAUACGAGCUGAAUUUCACACAGUUUUAUCUCGAAAACAAUCAACCAUCGUUUAUCAAGUUUUGAAGAUAGCGAAAGGGUUAAUCGUGAAACAGACGAAUCAUCGUUUCCAAAUACAUAACACUAAAAUGCUCACUCGAUGUAUUAAUGUGAUCAAUGUACAUACGUGUAUGUUAAUUAUAAGUAUAACAUUCUAACUUGUACACGUAAUUACAUGUAUCAAGAAUUUUACAAUAUCUUUUUACACUCGACGAAAAAUUGCACAUCUUAUCGGUUUCUGUCUAGAUGGUUCACCAAUCAUUUCAUUCUCGUAGAUUAAAAAACGAGGGUUUCGCUUAUAAAUUGAUGUGCUUCCUAUUCGUAACAUUCUACAUAGAAUCUAUUAGCUGCAAGGUUCAACGCUCAAAAUUGUACUAAUCAACGUUUCGUAGACUUCAUCGAUCUAGACGCGACGAGUAAUUUUAAUAUCGACGUUUCGAAUUCCUUUGUCAGGAUCGUUCAAAUUCUACGAGUACGCUCGCGAACAUAGAAGAAUAUUAGGUGAAGUUUUCACGGCUGCGACAUUGUACGUAAU